AAUAAUCUUGUGAACAAAAUGUUGGGUAUCAAAAACUCGUUGAGUUAUAAGUCCAUAAGCACCAUUGAACCAAAUACUUCAAAAAAUUUUAAAUUUUAAAAUAUACGUUUUUCUGGCAAAGUAAAGAUGGAUGGCACGAAAACAUCAAGCGCUGAGGAAACGGAAAACGCGGAAACUACUAGUCAUGCUAAAAAAAUUAACGAAAACGUAUCAAAAUUUUAUGAAACUAUUGGAAAUAUUUCCAGAAACAUGCGCAAGGACGAUUGGACAUAUCUACAACGCCAUCCAGAGAUCCGAGCCAUAAUUCGGGUCAUUACAGCCGAGGCGGUUAAGGCAAAGCCAUCGAAUAUCUACCAAUUUACAGCCAAUUUAUUUGGCAGCGAAAGAGACGAGGAGAUGGUGGAAAAGAUAAACAAGCAACUUAAGUGGUUGGAAGAACAGUUGCGAGGGGGUAUGUGGAAUCCUAACGAAGGAUGUGCUCCGUUUCCAGAAUCCAGCGAGACUUCUUCAGAAACUAAGUGCCAAACUAAUUUUAAUGCCACUGAGAAUUUUAACAUACUCGAAAAGCCAGUUUGUCCUGAAAAUUAUAAGCCAGAUUGCAAGGAAUGUUAAAAAUGUGAACUUAAGAAAUUAAAAAAUUUAUAAAUAUGUAAUUACAUAUUUAAAUUACUGAUUUAUAACAUUCCCACAUUAGGCAACACUGGAUUUGACAGUCAGCGUUGCCAGACAUUUAGGGAGCAGUCUGGCAGCCUAAGCCAGAAAGCGUGAUAGAGUACGGCGACUUAUCAUUAGAGCGGAAAAGCGGA